AUGCAUGCAACGAGGUUACUACGAGCCGCCCGCGGCCCGAAGCCAAACAUCACCGGCUUCGACCCUCGAAAGUUCGCACAAGCAGCUGGCCAGCCCAGAUAUGACCCCUGGGAGCGAGCUGAGGCGUGGCGGUACGAGGGAGAAUUCACACGAUGGAAUCGUUUCAAGGGCGGCUUCCCUGGGCUGGGCAUCGCGACGGUAGCAUUUGCGGCCUACUGCGGCUAUGAGUACCUGUUCCUAAAGGACGAGCACCACUCAGAGGGCCAUGGCGAGGAACACCACUGA